AUGUCGAACAUAAAAAAAAAAAUUGGAUUAAAAAAUAAAAGUUUGUUUAAAGCACCCAAAAACACAGAGCUUUUAGCAAGAUGGCAUAGAGCUAUACCUAGGAAAGACAAAAUGCUCACAGAAAAGUGUUAUGUGUGUGAAGUGCAUUUCAAAGAGAAUGAUAUUCUAAUUUAUGAUGAGACUAUCUUAAAUGAUGGAACAGUCAAUAAAAUUAUAAGAAUUAGACCCACAUUAAAAGCUGGGGCAGUUCCAUCUAUAUUUCCGAACUUACCAUUUUAUUUAACAGAGCAUACAAUUAAGAGAAAACCUCCUCUCGAAAGGUCUAUAAAUAGUGAUAAAAAGAGAUUUAAACCAAAUCAGGCAUUGUUGAAAAUUCCCACGAAGAAUUUUCAUUUCAGUAUUUAA